AAGAUGAGGGCGGAAAUGGGCACCACCUGGAGGCGGAAGUUGAGGCCAAGUUGGCUUCCGCUUCCGAUUUGCGGCCCGUCCUCCCGGCGCCGCGGCCGCCGCUAGUGCCGCAUCUAUCCCGCGGGCUUGAGAGCGGCCGAAAGCCUUCGGAAGAGCCAUAGAGUCCUGGUGCGGUAGAGCGGCUCCUCCCUUGGCCCAGAUUUCUCUGCAUUGCCUGGGCGAUAGGGGGAGAGAGCCCGAGGGGGGGGCGUCUGCAGACGGGGGUCUGGCCGAGGUUUUCCACGGGGUCGAAGCUGGAACUGCCAGCUCUUCCUCGCCGCCGCCGCCUCCGCCUCCUUUAUUCUGGCCCCCCGGAGUCCAGCCUGUGACUCCUGACCCUGCGAAGCCUUUUCCCUGGACUCCCUGACCUCCUUGCCUUUGUGACCUUUGAACCUAGUCCGUGCUAGCAUCUCUCCCAGAGGCUCCCAUUCUUUUCGGUUUCUCCUUCCUUCCCUCCCUCCCUCCCUCCCUCCGAGGAGCAGGUCUCUCGCUCCGCUCCGUUCCCGACUUUCACCUGACGUUUCUGCUUUUCUGUGCCCGGUUUCGUCUCUCGGGGAGGCUGUUUGAAAACGAAGCUUGCUUACUUCUCCUGGUCCGCCAAGAUUCCCCCGGUUUUUAAAGGAGGGCGCCGGCUAUGCCCCCUGGCUGGGGGAAGUGGGGAGUCUGAAACGCUUACUAGGGACCCUGGGGGGAGGGAAGAGGGGGCUCCAGUGGUGGUGUGGCUGUUGGUGUGAGCCCCAAACUUUCUGCGGCCUGGAAGAUCGAAAUUUCCCUUACACUAUCCAGCCGUAUCUCGGAAUGGCUGUGACGCCCAGAUGGAUGCUCAUAGAGUGCAUGACCAGAUAGGGACUUCAGGCAAGUGGCACAAGAGCAAAAGUUGUGGUCUCCCUCUUGCAAAGCAAACUAGGUUCCAUUCGGACUGGAUAUGCAGGAUUCACUGUCUUAAGCAAUUGGUUAAAAAACUUAAUUUGCUUUAACCCGGAGAGCCCUUUUGGCUAACAUUAGCCUGGCUUAUUUCAAAGCCAUCCACAGAAAGUUUGGAGCAUAGUACAAAUUGUCUCUCCCACAUCCUUCACUACUCCCCAACACCAUGUCGACGUCUUCACUGCGCCGCCAGAUGAAGAAUAUUGUACAUAAUUACUCUGAAGCUGAAAUUAAGGUUCGUGAGGCUACAUCAAAUGACCCUUGGGGCCCAUCUAGUUCUCUCAUGUCUGAAAUUGCCGAUCUCACCUACAAUGUGGUAGCCUUCUCAGAAAUCAUGAGCAUGAUCUGGAAGCGUCUAAACGAUCAUGGGAAAAAUUGGCGUCAUGUCUACAAGGCUAUGACACUUAUGGAAUACCUAAUCAAGACAGGUUCAGAGCGGGUUGCACAGCAGUGUAAAGAAAACAUAUACGCCAUCCAAACUCUAAAGGAUUUUCAGUACGUUGACCGGGAUGGCAAAGAUCAAGGGGUCAACGUGCGGGAGAAAGCCAAGCAACUGGUGGCCCUCCUUAAAGACGAUGAGCGUCUCAAAGAAGAACGGGUCCAUGCCCUCAAAACUAAGGAGAAGCUGGCCCAGACUGCAACCGCUUCUUCUGCUUCAUCAUCUUUGGCAAAUGCCCCUGUAGAAGCAGAGCAAGCAUGGCCCCAGAGCAGCGGGGAAGAAGAGCUGCAGCUGCAGCUGGCACUGGCCAUGAGUAAAGAGGAAGCGGAGCAGGUAAGCGCCAAGCCCCCUGCAGUGGCCGAUGAAGACCUACAGCUCCAGCUAGCCAUUAGCUUGAGCAAAGAGGAGCACGACAAGGAAGAGCGGAUCCGGCGCGGGGAUGACCUUCGUCUCCAGAUGGCCAUUGAAGAGAGCAAGAAGGAGACGGUGCCUGCCAAGGAGGAGUCAUCCUUAAUGGAUCUUGCUGAUGUCUUCACUGCUCCACCACCUGCUGAUCCAUGGAGCACUCAGCCUCCUCCUGCUGACCCUUGGGGUGGCACUGCCACAGUUGUACCCGCAGCUUGUACAGACCCAUGGGGACCCCCUUCUGCUGGAGCAGCCCCUGUAGGAGAUCUAUGGGGAACUUCUGCAGCACCUCCUGCACCCCCCUCGGAUCCCUGGGGAGCCCCGCCAGCUGCCAUCACUGACCCCUGGAAGGCCGAAGGUGGGACUUCUGUGAGGCCUACCACAGCAACACCCACAGACCCAUGGUCAUCGGCUCCCACAUCCCAAGGACAGCCUGCUCCUGAUCCUUGGGCUCCAGCGUCCACUUUUUCAGAUCCCUGGGGGGCUUCCCCUUCUAAGCCUAACACCAACGGCAUGGCAGCUGCCAGAGGCUUUGAGCAGUUUGAUGACGGGGACAGGGAUGAAUUCUCUGAUUUUGACAGCCUGCGUCCAGCACUGCCCAAAUCUGGAAGCAGCACAGGUGAACUGUCCCUCUUAGCAGGGGAGGUCCCUGUUUCUCAGGCUGGCAGUGGGAAGGACAGCCCCAAUGCUUUUGAUAUGGCUGCCGUGGCUGGGUCACUGCCAGAAAUCUGCAAGCCAAUGCGUAAAACCCCCGAGUCGUUCCUGGGUCCCAACGCAGCCCUCGUUGAUCUGGACUCUCUGGUCAGCAAACCGUCUAUUCCAUCCAGCAGCACCAAGGCUUCAAACCCUUUCCUCCCCCCUGGUUCAGCUCCCGCCCCAUCUGCCUCGGCCACCAAUCCAUUCCAGGCAGCGGCAGCCACUCCACUGUCACUCAAUCAACUGCGUGUCAGUCCUGUACUUCCAUUGUCCCAGCCAGCACCACCAGCGUUUCCUGCCACAGCGCCAAUGGUCUCCGUAUCCCCCAUGGCUCCCGGGAUGCCCUUAGCCUCCGUUUCCCCCAUGAUGGGGGUGCAGCCCUUGGGGGCUGUUCCACCUCUGGGGCUCCCUGUCAUGGGGCUGCCCCCUCAGAACCUGCCCCCUGCCGGCGUUGUUCCCAGCAGCACUUCGGCCUCCACCCUGGGGAGCACCAAUCCCUUUUUGCUAUAACUGGGGGACCUUUGGCCCGGUGUUGACCACCCAAACAUCCCCUUUUGCCCUGUGUUCCCCAUUGGCAAUGGGGCCCCUCUGACGGCAGCCACCGAGCAGGGGCAACUGGAUUGGGGUGGAAGGAAAGGGAGGUACCCAAGUCCUUGCAGGCCCUCCACCCCUAUGUUGGGAGGUCAGCAGAGUCUUUCUGCAAAUUGGUUUCCCCUUUUUCCCCAGGCCCGCUCUGCGGGACCUGGAAAGAUCCGUUUCUAGUACCAAAGUCGAGGGAACCCAGUGACUAAUUCAAUGGGGAGGAAUCUACUCACAGAAGCAGAACUGGAGGAAGGGGGGGCUCUUCCUUAAAAGCGAUCUUUGAAUCCUUUUUUUGGGGGGGGGGGUUUGGGGAGUACCUAUCCAAAUUUGGGAGGUAAUAGCAGACUUGGAAUAUUGAUGUUCCUUUUUUUUUUCCUCCUCUCUCUCUCUCUCUUUUUUUUUUGUUCAUCAAUCUCUGUCUUCUCCUGUGUUGAAGGAUAGAAGAAAGGGAAAUUGCUAAUUCCCUACCUCUGGGAUGUUCCAGAUGAAAUUAUUUGGGGAAAUGAAGACCCUUUAAAAUUAUUAUUUUUUUCUUAGAUACUCCCCUUCCUUCCCUUCUGAAUGUUUGUUGCAUUUUCUUCAACCUCCCUCUCUCCCCACAACCCUUUUGCUGGGACCACUUUUUCUGUUUUUUUGGGAUUUCCCCCCCUCCCCCCCCCAAGGAAGUAGGGGGUGGUGUGUGUGUGGGGGUAAUAGGAACAAUUGACACCUUAGAAUAUAUCUGUUCUUAGGAUCAAGAGAGAUGCCACUAACUUAAUGCCAGAGACCAGAACUAGGUCGUGCUCCUAGGCCCCUACCCCUCGUACACCCUUUCUCUCCAAACGUUGGACCCCGAAAGAAUAUCCUUUUGCAAGAAGUGCAGGAUCUUGCUAAUGCAUUGAGUGGGUCAACGAUGGGGAGGACCUUGAAACAGUCAACGCAACCUACUGUGAAGGGGAAUCUGGAAGCCGCUAAAAGCCGGGCCUUCUCAGUUGCCAUAGAAAGCCUUUAAAGGCACAACUUCCCAUGCUGGACCACGACUGGACUUGAAAGGCUUUCUUGGCCCGUAUCUUGGGAGGCCUGAAAGUCAGAAUCCCCUGCUGGAUUUUGGAACAGCAGGAUCUAAAAUUCUCUGUCCUGGUCUGCGGGCCACGGCAAACUCAAGGGAGGAGACCAAGGAAUCUACCAAAGACAGUGGAGCUUGGUGGCCAGCAGAGUUGAGAAGCUCUUCCUGCCUCUGGCCCAGUGGCCUUCCAGACAUGGACUGCGUGGCAGCGUCCUUCCGUGUCUUUGGGGGUUGGACACCCACCAGGAAAGUACCAUUUCUCAGAUGCACAGCCAGACCAGAGAACUGCUUCAACCAGCGCAACUCCGAAAGAGCCUCGAAUCUUCUUCGGACUGGUGGGGGGAACAGAGGGAGGGACAGGAGAUGUUGGGUGGUCACUUUUACCCCUUCUACAGCAGCAGCAGCAGCUUGUGGGGGAAGGGAGUCAUGGCUGUGUGUGUUUGUGAGUGUGUGCGUAUGUGUAUGUGUUGCUGCUUUUCUAAAUUCCUCUUUGAAGCUGGGGAGGGGCACUCGUUAGCACCCAGGACAAUCUGUUCGGCCUUUCUUUUCUCCCCCUCCAAAUAAAUUCUUGGAAUGUGUUUAUUAUGCCUCCCUGUGCCCCCCCCCCAUCAUGCUGGGGUUGAUUUCUCCCCCCCCCCCUCCGGAUAUCAGUAUAUUUGAAUCAUUGUGUCAUUUGUUGGGGGUGGGGAGUGAUUUAGCUGUGUGUGACCCUCCCCCUUGGCUGAGUCCCCCUGCCUCCAUUUCCCCCUCCCAGGUUCCUAACCGAUUCUGGUAUGCUUCAGAAAAAAAAUGCUAUUACUGAAAUGUAAUAAAUGGAAAUUCUUCUAUGGCAUCCAAAAGCUU